UCAUUGUCGUCAGAACUAGAUUGCCAUAUGAGUUCUGAAAAGCGUUUGGCUCCUGAGGAUAACUGCUCUAAAAAUAGAUUUGGAGGAGAGGUUUCUCUUGGGUCCAGUUUCAGGUUCCAGCUGAGCUGGCUUUAGGAAGCUUGUUUGCUCCUGUUGCAAACAGGAGGAUAACCGUGAGGAUAUUUCUUAUUCUGCCUUCAGCAUUAAUUUUUGGAAAUACUGACACACUCGCUCUGUUGGUGGAAAUCGAGUACUAAUGUUAUGGCUGACGACACAGAGACUAAACAUGGAGGAGGCAAGAAUGGAAAGAAAGAAGGCCUCUCUGGAAGCUCAUUUUUCACCUGGUUUAUGGUAAUUGCUUUGCUGGGAGUCUGGACAUCAGUAGCAGUUGUCUGGUUUGAACUUGUAGAUUAUGAAGAAGUUCUAGCCAAAGCAAAGGAUUUCCGUUAUAACUUGUCAGAGGUCCUACAAGGCAAGCUUGGGAUAUAUGAUGCUGAUGGAGAUGGAGAUUUUGAUGUGGAAGAUGCUAAAGUAUUGCUAGGCCUUAAAGAAAGAUCUGUCCCAGCACAGCCAACAUCACCAGAAUCUGAGGAGUCUGUCCAGCCUGCUGAAAAUGUCGAGUCAGUGCACAAGAUGGCUGACAUAGAAGUGGAAGAGGAAAUUCAAUCUGUUCUUCAUGAAGCUCUCCAUUCCCAACCUGGAGAGAGACAUGAAGAUGUAGAUGAAAAUGUAAAUGACCAGUGGCAAGUAAAGGAAGAAAUACAUGAUGAAACUUUAGAAGUUCCUGCAACAGAUGACAUGCUCAGAGAACUUGAGAAUGAAAUUCCAGAAGCAUAUGAGACACCAGACUCAGUUCAGAAAGAUGCUGAUUCUAUGGUGGAUGAUGUUGGAGCAGUGGAGUCUGAAUCAUAUGAAAUUCCAGCCUUAGAUGAUUAUGUUCCAGAUUUGGAAGAGAGAAUAAGUGAUCCAGACACUCCAGGUGACUCUGAGGUAAUGCCAGAAGAUGCUGUGGAACAUUACGCAGAGGAUAGAGUGCAUGAAGAUUAUAGUGAAGACCAAGAACCAAAACAUGAAAAGCAGACUGAGGCUCAAUAUACAGGGGAAAUUAAUGAAGAUUUUGAUAUUGCUAAAGACCUGUCAGAAGUAGAAAGUAAGCAAACAGAAGAUGAUGUGGUCAUUGAACCAGAGGAAUCAGAAAAACCUGUUAAAGCUGAAGAUUAUUCAAAUGAUGUUCAAGUAGGGAAAAGUGAAAAAGAAACUGAACAAGACAAAACAGAAAAAGCUAAAAAGAAGAAGAAGCCAAAGCUCUUAAACAAGUUUGAUAAGACCAUUAAAGCUGAACUAGAUGCUGCAGAAAAACUACGUAAAAAAGGAAAAGUUGAAGAAGCUCUAAGGGCCUUUGAAGCAUUAGUGAAUCAAUAUCCACAAAGUCCUCGAGCAAGAUACGGGAAAGCACAGUCCGAAGAUGACUUAGCUGAGAAAAUGAGAAGCAAUGAGAUGCUGCAACAGGCCAUCAACACUUAUGAUGAGGUGGUUAGUUUGCCAAAUGUCCCUUCAGACCUGAUAAAACUGAGCUUGAAGCGAGAAGCAGACAGGCAGCAGUUCCUUGGUCGCAUGAGGGGUUCCCUGGUUACUCUGCAGAAAUUAGUUCAGCUUUUUCCCAGUGAGACUUCAUUCAAGAAUGACCUUGGUGUUGGUUACCUCUUGAUAGGAGAUAACAGCAAUGCUAAGAAAGUAUAUGAAGAGGUUCUAAGUCUGGCUCCAAAUGAUGGUUUUGCCAAAGUACAUUAUGGCUUCAUCCUGAAGGCAGAAAACAAGAUAGCAGAGAGCAUACCUUAUCUACAGGAAGGACUGGAGUCUGGUGACCCUGGCACAGAUGAUGGACGUUUUUAUUUUCAUCUGGGUGACGCGUUACAGAGAAUGGGAGACAAAGAGGCAUACAAGUGGUAUGAACUUGGAUACCAAAGAGGUCACUUUGCAUCAGUUUGGCAGCGCUCCCUCUACAAUGUCAAGGGACUGAAAGCUCAGCCUUGGUGGACAGCAAGGGAAACUGGAUAUUCAGAACUGGUGAAGUCCUUAGAGAAAAACUGGAAGCUCAUUCGGGAUGAGGGUCUUGCUGUGAUGGAUAAAAAAAGAAGCCUCUUCCUGCCUGAAGAUGAGAACCUGCGGGAAAAAGGAGACUGGAGCCAGUUUACCUUAUGGCAACAAGGAAGAAAAAAUGAGAAUGCUUGUAAAAGUGUUCCGAAAACUUGUGCUUUAUUGGAAAGAUUUCCAGAAGCUACUGGCUGCAGAAGAGGACAGAUCAAAUACUCUAUCAUGCACCCAGGGACUCAUGUCUGGCCCCACACAGGGCCCACCAAUUGUCGCCUGAGGAUGCAUUUGGGCUUGGUGAUCCCUAAGGAAGGCUGCAGAAUACGGUGUGCCCAAGAAUACAGAGACUGGGAAGAAGGGAAAGUUCUUAUUUUUGAUGACUCUUUCGAACAUGAAGUAUGGCAGGAUGCUGAAAGUUAUCGCCUGAUAUUCAUUGUGGAUGUGUGGCACCCUGAGUUAACAGCUCAACAGAGACGUACCCUUCCUGCUAUUUAGAGGGUUUCUUCUGAUGUGUGGAGCAGAGGAGUAUUAACUCCUUUGGAGUAUGAAAAUAGGAUUAAUUUAUCCAGCAUACAAAAUAUACAAGCAUUUUAAGGGUAAGAAAAGAUAAGGGUGACAUUCUACAAUCACAGUGGACUUGGUUUAAAAAGAAAGAAAAAAGAAGCCAUGUUUUGUUUCAUACUGAUACAGCACUGAUUUGUAUUGUUUUUCUGGCUGCUAGUCUGAAAACACAAGUCUUGUCAGCCAAAAGGCAAUAGAUCCGGAUUUUCAAACUGAGGAAUGUGCAGAUGUUUUUGCCAUGCCUGUAUUUUCUUUACAAAAUCAGUCACCUGCUUAACUGUGUUCAGGCACAAGAUUUAUGAUUUUACAUCUAGGGAAUACUUCCUUGCUUUCUGUCUGGGAAGCAACAUGUAAGAUAUUUGCAAACAUAUGCACACAAUUGACUUUGAAAAUCAGUAUGCAGGUGUAAUGUUAGCUGCUUUAGGCAUAGAGCAUGUCCCUAUGUUAUCACUGUAGAUAAUGUGAAUGGAUUAUGUGUGUUUUGUACUUUUUCUACCUGAGUAACUGUAUUUUUCUAGCUUAAUUAUGAACAAAUCUUCUUUAACUAACCACUAUUUUUUAAAAAAGGUGAUAAAUAUACACAAGUGUAUCUCCAGCUAUCAGCAGAAGGAAAAUGCUGUAUAUGAACAAAUUUCAUUUUUGCCAAGUGUGGCCUUCUUUUGCCUUCCUGGAAAUGUAAACAGAAACUUGCAUAAUAGCUGCCUAGUGAAGCUUUGUUCUUCUAAAACAGAAUAGUUCUCUUAGUUAGCGUGUGGCCUUCAGCUUGAUAAUGUGAUUUUGGAAAAUGUUGAGCAAAUCUGACAUUUUUAGGCUCAGAUCCUAAAGUACUUGACAGUAUAUGGUGAGCUGCUGUUUCUCCUAUCAUUACCAAAGCUUCUGCUGUGAUAUCCUAUUUCUACCCAGUGGAGGGUCUGGGACCCCUUCUUCAAGGGGCUCCUCCUUGGCUGCCCUUGGGUGGUCAUUCAGCAGAAAAAAAAAAUACAUGAAGAAUUUCUUGUGCUUUGGGCAGAAGGACAAGGUCCAACUUGGCUUCCUGCCCGAAUGCAGAGCAGACAAAGAGCUUCAGGUUAUUAACUCAUAUUAACUUCCACUGCCAGCAUCCUACCGGGUGCUAGAAUGAUCCUCUAAUUGACCUAAUGGUGUUUUCCUUGCCUUGAAAUGUGUGAUAUAAUGCUGAAGUAGUCUGAUCCCAGUAAUGUUUACAGUAUGCUCUGUAUUUGCCAUACAGAAUUUGCCAUGUGGUAAAAAGGUCUAUUUUCAAGAAAGAAAACUAGCUACAUGUUUAAGCAGUUGGCAGGUCUUUUGGGUGUGUACUGUUUAAUGGGAGAUAGAGUGUGCAGGACCCUCUGCUUUUGACUUCGAAGAACACUAACAGGGGAGAGAGAGAGCAGAGAUUUGAUGUUUAUGGCUGGCUGUUAUCUCCUCACCCACAGCACCAGCUGGCUCUGGACAGGUGUGCCAGGAUGCUCUGGGCAUCAUGACUGACACUUGUGAGUGACAAACUCUAAGCAAGGAGACACUGGGAUUACUUAGUCUCCGCAGCUUUGACUUUGUUGUCCAAAAGCCAUGGAACAGUUUUUAUUUGAGUAGUACUCAGUGUUUUAUUACUGCAGAGUCUACAUCAUGGCAUUGGAGUAUCGUGACCUGAAUGUCACAUUUGCUGAGGCAAACUGCAGAUAAGAGCUCUGAAUUCCCAUAAACUGAAUGCUUUUCAGAUUUUUGUAUUUUACUAGGUAAUUAAAUCUUGUAAUGCCAUAUAACACAUGGUGACUGCGCCAUAAAUUAGUGUAACCAGUUUCUGGAAGCGUGCACUUUAAUUUCCUCUUUUGAAUAUUAAACUGAUAAACCCUCCCUUAUCAAGAGUCAUUUUUAGACAGCUAAGAUAAUUAGGUUUUCACAUGUUGUCCAUAUCAAAAAUAAUCAUGAAACUAUACACAAUGUACAAGAAAGUAACAGUUCUCAGUUAAUAAUAAUGAAAAAACUGUAAAGAUUUAUAAGUUUCAUACUUUAGAAAAUAUAAAAAUACUUUUGGAGAUCAUUUGGAGAAUCAUGCAAAGCUUGAAAUAAGGUACUUCUUGUUGUGGGGGGUAAAAGAAUAAAAAUAUUUUUUAAAUAUCCUGUUAACUGUCAAGUCAAAGCCUAUAUUUUAUAUCUUUUUGAAGUGAUCAAACAGUAAAAAUUAUAAGGUAAUUCUCUAAAAUAAAGACAGUGUGUGCAAAAAAAAAUCAAUAACUUUUUAAACAAAAAUUGAUGGUUUAGGAAUAUUUUUAUUAAUGUUGCAUUUUAGUUUCUAUAGCUCAGAGUAAAUGCUAAAGGAGUGGUAAAGGCUUUGGAGCUUUAUUUAUGAAAAUCCAUGCCGUCCUUCAGAUUAUUUCAUUGAUCCUUUGAAGGCCCACACUUUAUCUUGUCCAACUGCAGUUGGCAAAUAGAUAAAAUUGGCAAAUAGAUAAAAGUAAUCUCCCCAAGAUGUGUGUGUGCCAGAGUAGCACUGUCUAUUAGAUUGUGUAGUGAUAUAUCGACCAUUUAAAAAUCUUAAGUGCCUCAAAUAAGACAAGGUGUUCCUGCAACACUGAAGGGAAUCUGUUCUAUGCCCACCUGUCAGGGAGCAGAGAGUGGAUAAUUUCAUUAGGUACAGUUACUGGAUUAGCUCUAUACGUGGUGAGGAUACAUAGAGCAGACUGCAGAAAUUAUGCAGUGAAUUACUGGCAUAUGGUUUUAGGUGUUCCUGUUUGCCAACUGGUAUUCUGUCUUGAAAAAGCUUUUUUGAAUGGAAGUGGUUUUUUCAAUGGAAAUCCAUUGCAAUUUGUGGUUUUUGGUUUGUUUUUUUUUUGUUGUUAGAUUUAUUUACAGAAGGAAAUGGCAGACAAGGGCAAUAUAGUUUGUAACACAGUAUGUACUCAUCACGAUGUUAGGAGGUGGCUUCCACCUUGUCUUUUGUUACCUUGCUUGCACAGAAUCUGCGUAAGAGCCUAGGGUUAAAUGCAGGCUUCAUACACUUACAUACAAGGCAUCAUAUGUAUUUAUUCAUACCACAGUUAAAGAAAGUAAAUAAUUUAUCCUUUGCGAGGUUUGAUCCUCAAGGAGAAGAUGUCAGUGGUAUUUGCACUUCUUGGGCAGGACAAGACCCAUUUUUAUGAACAGUGAUUGUAACAGAUUAUCACAAAGAUUCAAUGGCAAUGGGGGUAAGUAUAUUAACAGAAAAAUCACAAACCAAAGUAUUCCUUCCUUAGUGCUGCAGUAUAAUAGCAAAUGUCUGUCUUUUUUUGUCUCUUUGGGUUUUCACUUUCUGCUUUAAGCACAUUCUCUUUGACAAAUCCAAAUGCCUUUUAGUCUCUGUGAGCCCAGGGAAGAGAAAGGAACUGCUACCAGGACUUGACAUCCGUGUUUCCUAUAAUAGGUGGUGAUGAUGUCAGGUGGGGGAGAAUGGAAGAAACCCCAAAGAUAAAUGGGCUCAGUCAUCUUAUUUUUUAAUGUUCUUGCAAGCUUCUGCUUCUUUUUCUGACUCCUGCAUUGCUUUGCUGGGACCAUCCACUGCUGGGACCAUCCACUGGCUCUCUAUCAUGGAGGCCAGGCUUUGUAUGAAUGACAUGUUGCUGCAAUAAGAGGUUUGUCUGAGUGAGGUUAUUCUGCACAAAAACUAGUGGGUAAAUCCCAGGUGUGUUGAUAGGAUCUGGCAGGAUGUCCCUUCUGUCCUGUGCAGGCAUAAAAUGUCAUUGUAGAUAAAGGCAGUAUUUUGUUAGUCCAUCUUUUAGGGCUGGCCAUGUCCACUUGAACAAUGUCAUCACUUCAGCCUAACACUUGAGAAUUCAGUGGGUGUUCCAGUGCACAUUAAAAGCCCUUGUGCCCAUUAUCAUCUCAUUUUGUAUGUAUGGUUUACACUGCUACCUUUGAUAUAUUGUUGCCAAGUGCUUGUUCUAGUAAGUUGUCAAUGUAUGGCAAUUUAAUUGAAGAUUUAAAGUGUGUACAGUGAUUGUAACUGUUUUAGGAAAUAAAGUCACUGCACAUGCAAUUUGA